AUGGAAGAGCAGCGCAUUAGAAAUUUUGCAGCCUACUACUCGCACAGCCAUGCCCGCCCCUUGCUCGCAGGGGGGGGAGAGUGGAGGCGAGUAUCAUUGAGUCGCGAGAAAGAAGUGCUGUGUGUGGAACCACCAGGCUUAGCAAACGACACUUAACAGUAGCCACGGCGCGGGCACAUCAGAGAGAGAAGGAAAACAAACUGCACCGUCUUGUUUAUGGUGUUGGUCUCUCCUUCGGCCCAUGAAUACCUCCGAAAGUGGAUUUUAAUUCGAACAUUUGUAACGAAAACGGCACGCCGGCAGUGGGUGUGAGGAUGGUGGUCCCGGAGAGCGACGCUGUGGUCCAGCCGGCGGAGAGCGGAGACGUGGGCGUGCCGGGAGAGAGCUCUCAGCCCGGCUUCCAGGCGGAGCAGGACUCCGCGGGGGCCGAGCUGGAGGAGGUGCGCAAGCUGCAGGAGCUGGUCCGUCGGCUGGAGGUCCAGAACCAGACGCUGCGCAGCCGGGGGGGCAAGGGCUUGCUGGGCGGGGCCAACGGAAACGGCAACGACAGGACGCUGGGCGAGGAGGAGGCUGACGAGGCGCACAGGCCCGAGGACAACGCGGGCCUCAGCGACCGGGACUUCUCCCCCUGCCGCCCUCAGGACAGCAGCAGCAGCGGAGACGCGUCUCCCCUCCUGGAGGUGGGCCCUCCGUGCGGCAGGUAUCUGGACCUGCCCUGCGCUAACGGGCCGGAGGAACCGCCAGGCCUGGCUCCGGCCGGCCCCGCGUCGGAGCUGCAGGACGGGCCGGGACCGGGCCGGGACCACUCGGCUCUGGACGAGGUGGACGUCCUCGACCUGGAGGACUGCGAUGAGGCGGAGGACGAGGACAGCUGGUUAUACGUGUCACCUAAGAAGCAGGCCCUGGCGGAGCAGAGACAAGAGUCACCUAUGAAGUGGUGCAGGAAGGUGCUGGACCACCCCAGCCCUGAGACGGAGGUGGCCUGCCGAACACUCAUCAGCCGCCUCGACCAGACCACCCGAUGGAGGAACCUGUACAGCAGCCCCAGUCAGGGCUCUGUCGGGGCCAGCUCGGAGGCUGGCUCGUCCUCCACUGCCUUGCUCUCUCCUGGGUACCACAAAUCGACUAACAAAACAGUACUAACCUGUGGCAGCUCAGGUCACGCGAACGCGCCCUCGGCCCUGAGCUCGCAGUCCUCCAUCGACAGCGAGCUGAGCACCUCUGACGACUCCAUCUCCAUGGGCUACAAGCUGCAGGACCUCACCGACGUGCAGAUCAUGGCUCGGCUGCAGGAGGAGAGCCUCAGGCAGGACUACGCCUCCAGCUCUGCCUCCGUGUCGCGGCGGAGCUCCAGCGCGUCCCUGCAGUCCCUGCGGCGCGGCACCUACAGCGACCAGGAGUUCGACACGUACAGCCUGGAGGACGAGGACGACGACUGCUGCUCCCUGCCCCAGCGCCUGCACCGCUACUCGCCCUCGCCCCUGAGCUCGCCCCGCUGCCAGUCGCCUAGCGCCCUGGCCGAAUACGGCCGGCUCAGUGCCCAGCGCGCCCGCCCGCCCCGCCGCUCCCUGCAAGGCCCCGGGCCCGAGCUACUCAAGUUCGCCAAGAGCGAGGAAGAGCUGAGGCACAGCAUGCCCAACCUCGCCCCACGCACAAGCCUGCGCUCUCUGGAGGCAGUGCGGAACAGCCGCAGCAUGGAGGCCAACCUGCAGAGUCCAGGAAACCGCAUCUCACGCCUGCCGCACUCCUCCACAGGUACAUCCUCCAGCAGGAUUCGGGGAAAUGGCCAGUCGCCCCUCUCCCUCCGUGCCCCGGUCAAAGCUAUGGGCCCCAUGGGCCCCAUGGCCGGGGUUCGGCAGCCCCUGAGGGGGGCAGCAGCUGCUGCAGCACAGGGAGGCUCUGCGGGAGCGGUCCGGAGGGUCCAGUCCCCGGGCCCGGCCGGCAGGGCCGCUGCAGGGAGCGGUAAACAGACUCCGGGGCGCGCCCGCGUCUCGCUGGGCGGGCCGGGACCUGCACAGCGCGGAAGACUGGCCCAGCCAGCCAGGAGGUCCAUGGGCUGGACCAAAUCUUGCAGUCCCGUCACAGACGAGUCGUGGAAGGACGGCUGUUACUGAGGCCGAAAAGCCCCAGUGCGCCUCACCGCUCAGUGCAGUAUCACCAACGCACUGACCCUCUCUAUAGCUGAACCCCAGCAGGCUGGGACACUGGCUGCUCUGCACCUCACACAGGACAGGUGAUGCCAACGCGUUGGCAUAGCAGUCCCUCAAGACGGGCCAGAGAGACCACAAACACUGCGGUCCAGAGACUGACAAGAUGGGGCACUGACAUUGAGGAUUUCUUUUUCUUUUGUUUUUAAUGUCAUCUCGGUCUGAUUUAUUGAAGAUUUGUGAAGCUGCUGGAAUGGUACAUUACAAGUUGAUUUAUGCUGUAAUUAUGCAUUGUAGUGAUACAUUUUUCAAUCACAUUUUACCGAUUUGUUUAUGAACAUGUAGGUACCUCCAGAUUUGUUACGGUGUUUUAAUGCACGUUGUUGUCAAACCAUGUGUCGGCCAACUAAAACUGGACAUAGCCUGUUUUUUUUCCAUUGACAAAGUACGGACAUGUACUGUAUUGUGUGAGGACACUGCCACUCCGCAGCACUCAUUUUUACGGAUUUUCUUCCAUCCAGAACCAUGGGAAGUGAAGAGUGAUUUGGUGAGAUUGGCUGUUGUUUUUUGUUUUGCUAUGAAGGGGUCUGUAUUGUAUGUUUUGUUGGACACAGCAAUGCAAUAUCUGUCUGAACCAUUCCCUCAUAACAAGUAAAAAAAGAAUUUUAUAAAUGAGGAAGAUUAAAA